AUGUCGUUAUCAAGAGGACCGUCUCAACCUUCCAUACGAAGAUCGGGGUCAAGAGAGGAAGAAAAAGACAACGAAAAAGAAGCGCAAGAAGAGGAAGGGGUAGUGCCAGAGAAGCAGAAGACAGUUAUGGAAGAAGAGGAUUCGAGACAGCAGGAGCCCAUGGCAGGCACCAAAACUGAAGCUGAAGUUGAAACUGGAGUCGAAACAGGAGUUGAAACUGAAGCUAAAGCUGCACCAGCAACCCCUGUGGCAUCUUCCACACCGAUUAUAGAUCCAACAGAUGCAUUUGCAGAAUCUACUACAAACGAAGCUGAGCAGCAGGAGCACAUCAGUAGUAAAGAAAAUGCGAGUUUACAGUUGGCAGUCGCCUUGUUUCAAGACAAGUACGCCUUGGUGACACCUGCUGAAAUUACCCAAUUCUUGGCUGCCGGUGACGACGAUGCAAAACAAAUACGAACCUACUACAUGGACUUGUUCGAAUGGUCUCCAAAUUUGCUAACUUCAACAAGACAAUUGUGCGCAAAACUUUACAUGAAGGCCGAGUCGCAAGAAUUGGACCGGAUACUAUCCUCCUUCACCAAAUCUUACUUGAAGCAACACCCGCAAAACCCAUUUCAUACCAGAAACUUUGAACAGAUUUACAUCAUCAUUUAUUCGUUGAUUUUAUUAAACACUGCUUUGCAUAAUCUCGAGUUGACAAAGAAACUGAGGAUUAGUCAAAAUGAUUUCAUAAGAAACACACUAACCACUUUUAUCCUGCAAGAUAACUCGCUGAGUAAGCUAACCAUUAAGCAAAGAAACGAAAUUGAGCAGGAAUUAUCAUUAAUCUAUGAAGACCUACUCAGGGAAAGGUUAUAUCUCAAAGGAACAGAAGAAAAUAGGCAUGCCAAUUGUCAAGUUGAUGAAUCAGAGGAAACAGUUACACAUCUUUCAAACAACUCUAGUGAGCCAAAGGAAUUGGAGCUUUCAAGGCUGAGCACAAGCUCAUCCAUUUGGUCAUCUGAUAGCAAUUUAAUCAAAUCUUCAAUAGCGAAAAGAAACACCACCGCCACAUCUCAGGUUACUUAUUUAACAGCAUCUACACAACCCAUGCGCCCUCCACAAAGAGUUGGUAUGGCCAGGGCUUUAAUAGGCCAACAGCUACAACUACAGCAGCAACAACAUCAUCAUCAUCAACAGGAGAGCUCAAAAGUAUACAAUACCAGAUCUAACCGGCAUUCGCUUUCAUCUCAAAUUUCGACUCCAAGUUUACGCAACCGGUCCUCGUUGGACCAGUUGAAAUCGGUUGUCCAAAAAUCAUCACGAGCCUCCAUGAUAUCUCGUCGCACGUGUAAUGAAUUGGACGACACCAUCAGUGUUUUCUCCUUUGACACCGCCAAAUUUGAAGCUGGACUUGGAGCUGAAGACUCGCAAUGCCAGGAAAUGGAGGAUUUCAAUGUGGAAAACUAUCAAGAUGAAUAUGACUUGACGUUGGAGCUCAACGGCAGUCCGUAUUUAAAGGAAGGAUUGUUGAAACUAAGAGUAUUGAACGAAUCACAAGAAGAACAAGCAACAACAACAACAAUAACGACAUCUUCGACUGCAGCUGCAGCUGGACCUGGACAUGCGCUCACCACCAACAGUCGAUUCCGUUUGUUUUUUUCUUCCAGUAGGGGCCAACAAAAGGCUAGCGUCGGAGGUACAAGCAUCAACAUGUUGAACCAUAAAUUUGUUGAGCAUUUUGUGGUUGUAAGCAAAGGGGAAUUAUCGUUGUACUCGUUUGAUCCUAAAGUUAUCAAGAAACACAAGAAGGAACAUGACUAUCAAGGGGAUGUCGGAGACGGGAACUGGUUGAGAAACGCUGCCAACUUGGGUACCUAUAACUUAUGCUCGACGUUUGCCCAGCUCGACAAGUCCACCAAUGAUAAGGUGUAUUGGUCAUUGACUUUUCCUAAGAUUUCCAAAAAACAGCCCAAAAAAUUCAUAUUUGAAGCAGGGACAAAAGAGAUUGCCAUGGAAUUUGUCAAUACGUGCAACUUUUGGGCUUCCAAAAUCACGGCGAUCCCGGCAUCCGAAGAAAGUGUUUCUUCGCUCGAGUAUGGAUGGACCAAUUUGGACCAUCUCAUCAAGCACCGUGAAACAUUUAGGAAAUCUAAAAACAUUCACAAAUGGGAGCCGAUGGUCAAGGGUGUCUACUUGAGCAACUACGUGGCCAAGAAUGACGACACCCACCAUGGCAUGAUGAACCAGUUUGUCAAGACCUCGAACUACUACACCCAUUUGAAGAAAUUGUACAAUGAGUUUGUCAAACUUCGACAGAAAUUCCUUGACAAUUUGCCUCGUAAUUACUAUGGCGGAUCGAAUUAUAAUCGCGUCUUGGCCAAUUACGAUGCUAAAAUGGAAACCUACAAAUUCCAGCUUCAAGUUUACCGAGACUACAUCAUCAUCCUCGGAUUUGCCUUGCAAUUACGGUUUGACCUUCACGAGAUGAAAAAGAAGAAACAGUUUUUUGACCAAUCUUUGGAGGAUGAAAGUUUGCCCAAUACAAGCUUGGAGUCGGAGGAAGACGAUGAGUUGACUAGAAUGGUGAAAUUUGAGAUUCAAAAGUUGUUUUUCAAGAUGAAGGACAUUUCCAACGUUAUCCCCACUUAUGAAGCCUCGGAGUCGAUUAAAUGUUUGGCACAAUUGUCGCAUAGCGACCACCACAAAUUGGUCAAGUCGCCCAAAACGUUUACGCUUUCCAAUUUCAGAGACACGGAAUCGCCCAUAGCUCAGCUUCUUGCUACUCUGAACUCGAACCCGGGAAAUCCAACAGGAGCUGCGAUGAUGGAGUCGACCAUAGUCGAGGAGGACGAAUGUGGCAAUGAGGAUGAGAAUCCAAGACGCAACAAGGAAGAAGAAGGCAAGAAAUGUAAAAGUGAGGGACAAGUUGAUGAAGAAGAAAGAGGCAAAGUGGAAGAAAGACGGUCAGUUAGCCCCGGGGUGGCAAGUAUAACCAAGAAGCAUUCUUUGAAACCAGACUUGGCCGUGGACACCGUUGAUGAAGUCCGUGCGGUUAUUGUAUAG